AUGGAGUCUGGUAAGCCCUUUGUCCCGCCCACUGUGGCCCCAGAGCCAAUCAAAACAGGCGAGUGUUUACCCAGCUAUGGCAUCGACUACGUGGGUGACCCAUAUACUGUCUAUGGUGACCUGGCUGUCACUUUGGGUGGCCACACCUGUAUGCCGUGGUCCUCGCCGGUGGCGAAGGCCCUCAGCGCGGACAAGGAGUUAAUCGCUGAGGUCAGUCUCCCCGGCAACAAGUGCCGUAACCCUGACAACGACCCCGAGGGCCCCUGGUGCUACGUAGAGGUUUCGGGCAACGUGACCAUUGACUACUGCGACCGGCAUCUGUGUGAGGAAGGGUUAGAUGAUGAUUCCCCGACGUCAGAGACCGGGGGACAGCAGCGCUCCGUCCUCACCACCCGGAAAACCUUCUUCCAGCCUCGAAACUUCGGCCAAGGAGAGAGAGUGUGCGGCAAGCGGCCUGACUGGCUGAAGGUGAAGAAGGUGGACGCCAAGGAGGUGGAGCUUCUGGAGUUGUACCAGGAGAAGCGCAUCGUUGGGGGCGACGGCGCUGAGGUGCCCUCGGCACCAUGGCAGGUGACGCUGUAUAAGCGUAGCCCCCAGGAGCUGUUGUGUGGCGCCAGUCUGACCAGCGACCAAUGGAUCCUCACCGCCGCACACUGCAUCCUGUACCCGCCCUGGAACAAGAACUUCACCGGCAACAAUAUCCUGGUUUGGCUCGGCAGGCACGACCGGUCCAUGUUUGAGCGCGGCCAGGAGAAGAUCGUGGCUAUCAGCGAGAUCAUCGUCCACCCGAAGUACAACUGGAAGGAGAACCUGAAUUGCGACAUCGCUCUGCUGCACCUGAGGCGCCUGGUGGACUUCACCGACCGGAUCCACCCGGUCUGCCUGCCCAGCAAGAAGGUCGCCAACAGCCUGAUGACGGCCGGCUAUAAACGGCGAGUGACCGGCUGGGGCAACCUGAAGGAAACCUACAGCCCCUCGGCCAGAAAUCUGCCCAAAGUGCUGCAGCAGAUCCACCUGCCGAUCGUAGACCGGAGCCCCACCGCCGUCAAGACCACCGACGACAUGUUCUGUGCUGGUAACGUUAUAAACCCGAGGGACGCCCAAUGUGGAGACGCCUGCGAGGGAGACAGCGGAGGACCGUUUGUGGUGAAGUACCCGGCAGAGAACCGCUGGUACCAGAUCGGCAUCGUGCUGUGGGGCGAAGGCUGCGACCACGACGGCAAGUACGGCUUCUACACGCACGUGUUCAGGAUGAGGAAGCGGAUGAACGAGGUCAUCAACAAUACAGCGGGAACCGACGACGAAAACUACACUCAUUGCUAAGAAUCUAAUAAAGUUAGUCCUCAUGCU